AUGUGGCAGAAACAACAACAACAACAAAAAUGUGUUGAAUGCGACUUUUUUUUUUUUUUUUUUUGCGAUGCCAGAGAUUUUUUUUUUUCGUUGCUUUUUAUUUUUAUUUUGCAAUUGAGGAGUCGUUUCAAAGAAAAAGAGGGGAUGGCGCAUUUGCGGUCCCUUUCCAUAUCCCAUGACGAUGAGAACAACAACUCAUCUAGUGGGAGUAGUGGCGAGUCUGAGGAAUUGUCGUCCGGCCGCGGUGAGUUGUCGUCGUCGAGUUGCUCCCUUACCUCCGAUUCGAGUCAUGUGCGUGGGAACCCCGGAAAGGGCUGUUGUGACGCGUUAGCGAAGGAGCGAAUGGAGCGUCAACAACGACUCAGAAGAUUGCUCUCGCAGCGCAACUUGGGUCACGCCGUGGCUCUUGAUGACGGGAAGCAUGUGGAGCCGUUUAUUAGUCGCAAAGGUGCCCUUGACGCGGAUGACUCUGUCAUUCUUUCCAUAUUCUCCAACUCGCUUCUGUUUUCGAGGCUUCUGGCCGUUCUCAAUUCCUCCCAAAAUCCAGCGCACCUGCAGAAUUUUGAUGAGGUGCUUUCGGCGGCGAGCCCUCAUUUUUACCGGAGCUUCAAGGCUCCACUGGAGGAUUCCACAAGACAACCGGCACGUGUCGGUGCUUUGACGCGACGCGAAUGUGCUGCUUUAGAGCGCAGUGGCAUUGUCGUUCGUCGACGAAAGCGUGAUCGGCCCGCAAGCAAAGUUGGCUCCACAUUUUUUGCUGGUAAGGUCCGGCGUGGACGUGCGGCUGAUAACGGGCAGAUGACACACGGCAGCUCCGCAACUUCUGGCAUUAUUGCGAAUUCGUUGCGGAAUUGGGAGCAACAUUUGACGGAGGAGUUGAAGGCGGAGGGUGUCACCAUUGAAACUUUCAGGCAGCAGCGACACGGCAACAGUUAUUUGGAGGAGAGGCGUUUUCUCCAAGAGUCUCAGUGGGCCGACUACCAGCGUGAACUGCGGCUCGAGGAGAAGCGAAAGGAACAGGAGGCCAAGCGGGCAAUUCGUCGUGGCGAAGAAAACAAAAACUGA